GUAAAAAUCAACAAAUAAACGUCUGCACUUCAUUCAGCUUCACAACUUUUUUUUAUUUUUUACAGAAUUAAUUUGCAUUUUGUUCCUUUCACCUCUACUUUUUAUACACUUACAUGUUUCUUAUCUCCUGUCUUUUCCUGCUGUUUGAUUCGUUUAACUGAAUUUAUCCGGCUGUAUUUUUGUGUUUUUUAUCUUCUUCACCUUUGCACUUUGAGUCACCUCGCUGCUGUAUAAAUAAACCGGCUCGCUCUCUGUCAUCAACGGUGCACCUUUGCAUAGUUUUUACUGCUACUACAGUCCAUCCACUGCAGCCAUGGUAACUGUAUAGUAGUACACAGGAGUCAUAUCUGCUGGUGAACCUCACAAGAGCAGCUCUGGAGGUCACCUGCGCGCGCGCACGACGGUGACGGACAGUGACUGUUGCAGAACAGGUGUGCAUACCUACGCAGAGCAUUGUUGUACUCAGUGUGUGUCUGUUUAUGUGUGUGUGUGUGUGCGCGGGGCGGGGGCACAGAGGGGCUGCUGAGGCGACGUGCACGAGCCCUCGCCCUCCCCUUUCCCCUCUUCCCCUCCCCGGUGGCGGCGACGCGCUGCGCACUCCCGCCAGCCCACUCGUGCAGCCGCCGUACAGUAAUCAUAUGAUAGGGAGCCGAGCCCCGCUGCAGAAUACCGACACACCGGGCGGACACAGGCGGAGGAGUCGCGGCGGAGGAGACCAGUUGAUGGUAGAGCCGUAGAAGAAGAAGAAGAAGAAGAGGAAGAAGAAGAAGAAGUACGCGGAGAAGAGAAGAAGAGAGAAAAAAAAAAAAAAAAAGGUCGGUGGUCAAAGUGCCAAAAACACAAACCUCAGCUUCCCCCGAACAGGAACUUUUCCAAACUCCGGAGAGAGAAUUUCAGGGGGGACCGAUAAGAGAGGACUCCGACGGGCAGCGACCCACCCCGGGCUGAGAGUUGAGUUUCCUCCGCUAGUUUGACGCGGGGCGGCCGGUGGAGCCCCCUCCCCCUGGGAACGACGCUUUUUUUUUCGGGGAGUUGUUUUUUUUUUUUUUUUUAAAUUUAAUUUUUUAAAUUUUUUUUAACAACCAACCACCCACCCCCCCCUCCAUCCCCAUCCCCCUUGUAAAGUUCCUCCACCGCCACUCAGCUACUUCACAACUGCAGCCAUGGUCGGGGAGACUGAGGUGAAGGAGCGACCCAAGUCCAACCCGGACUAUCUGAUGCAGCUGAUGAACGACAGGAAGGUGAUGAGCUCUCUGCCCAACUUCAGCGGCAUCUUCACGCAUCUGGAGCGGCUGCUGGAUGAAGAAAUUGGCCGGGUACGCAAAGACAUGUACAACGACACGCUGAACGGCGGCAUGUUCAACGGCCGGGACAUGGAGGAGCUUCCCGAGGCCAUCGGCCCCGUGGCUCAGCUGCAGGAGAAGCUCUACGUGCCUGUCAAAGAGUACCCCGACUUCAACUUUGUAGGGAGGAUCCUGGGCCCACGCGGGCUGACGGCCAAACAACUGGAGGCAGAAACCGGCUGCAAGAUCAUGGUGCGAGGAAAGGGCUCCAUGAGAGACAAGAAGAAGGAGGAGAUGAACCGAGGGAAGCCCAACUGGGAGCACCUCAGCGAGGACCUGCACGUCCUGAUCACGGUGGAGGACACGCACAACCGGGCCAAGAUCAAACUCCAGCGGGCCAUCAACGAGGUCAAGAAACUUCUCGUGCCCGCCGCUGAGGGGGAAGACAACCUGAAGAAAAUGCAGUUGAUGGAGCUGGCCAUUCUCAACGGGACCUACAGAGACGCCAAUGUCAAGACGCCCACCGCCGCCUUCCCUCUAGCGACCCCUCAGGCGCCUCGGAUCAUCACAGGCCCGACGCCCGUCCUGCCCCCCACCCUGCGCAACCCCGCCCCCGUCACCACGCCCACCAUCAUGCCUCUGAUCCGUCAGAUCCAGAGCUCCACCCUCGUGCCGGGAGCCAACCCGCAUCCGGCUCUGGUGCAGCAAGGGCCCGAGUCCGGAAUCAUCUACACGCCCUACGAGUACCCCUACACACUCACGCCCUCCAUAUUGGAAUACCCGAUUGACUCGACUGGAGUAUUAGUCCCUUCUCCCUGUGUUUUUGCAGCAGGUGCCAUGACCACUAAGGUACGACGCCACGACAAGAGAAUCCAUCCUUACCAAAGGGUAGUGACCACAGACAGAGCUGCCACGGCAACUAACCCAUGACCCCUUGACCUUCUGACCUUUCCGCCCACUGAUGACCCACCCAUCUCUGCCCGCUGGCGUGCUCAUUGGCCCACGGCCCCGCCACUCCCCCAGCUCAGCCAACCAGAGACCAGAACAUUGGGAACAACCCCGGCUGCUUCUGUCUAACCAACCAACCAGACGACAGCGAUCGUGGGAAUAAACCUCAGGACCCCGCCCGUCAACCGAGUCCUAACCUAAACUUUACCAAACGUGCCUUCCUUUUUUCCAAAAAAAGUCCAAAGCCAGUCUCUGAGAAUCUCCUCUUAAACAUCUCAAAAUUUACAAUCUGUACCAGCUGCACAACCAGUACACUUUACUGGGGACGGGCCCCCCACGCCGGUGAGCCGGGCUGAGCCGAACCGUCUCUCUGAGCUGCCACGCCCUCCGAUGCAAUAACAGCGACUCUAUUAAUAACUACACUGAUAAUGGUACUUAUCCAGCCUCCAUAAACACUAAAACUGAAAAGAGACGUGUUGAUAUUUGGACGUGCUUCUCCUCAGCGAGCACCUCUCGUGUCCUUUCCUGCUUCUUUUAAUUCCUGUGUAACAUUAACACGCGAGUCCUUCGAAACGCGGCUCCAAAGACGUGUUUAAAACGCACCUCUCGUGUUGAAGAGUUUAAACCGGAGAGGUGCUCGGCGAGGAAAAGCCAUCGGUGUUUCUCGACAGGUGAAGAGUCGACAUAAACGGUGCAGUCCAGAUGCACAGAGGGAAGAGGUUGCACUUUUUAUGUCGACAUCUAGAAGACUUACACAACAAUGCCUUUUCCUUUUUUUUUUUUUCCACACUAAACACUAUUGUAUGAGCUUGAACAACAGUGCCUUUAUUUAUUGACAGCGAUGGAACGAUGUCACACCUAAAUCUUUUUACUACGACGUCGUUGGCUUUUGUGCCCGGCUUUGAAAUUAUCAUCAUUUUGCUGAUUAAUUAGGACUAAAUAUCUACACUUUUUACAUCCAUAAACUCAAUUCAGAUUUCAGUGCCAAAAAAAAAGAGAAAAAAAACAAGUGGCUCAUUUGAAUUGGAAGUGCAAUGCAGUACCGAGGCUCACGCGAGGUUUGGACGCCUCGAAAGAACAGUGUUAUAUUUUAUUUUCUUGUUGUUGUUGUUGUUGUUGUUUUUGUUUGUUUGGUUGAUUGUGCUGCUGGAGAUGAAGUCGUCCAUAUAUUUUUUUUUUUUGCAUGUGUUCUCUGCUAUUUUCCGAGGGUGUGGUACAGUUUUACACACAAACAAACACACACAUGAACCAAGUGAUGCCUUCAGAUUAAAAAAAACCCUGCAGACGUAACAUCUGUAACAAGUUUAUAAUGUAUUUUUAUAUUCUAUUUUGUACGUGAAAAUAACAUUAAAUGACCUUUUCAGAUGAGAACAUUAUGCCUUAUUACGGAGAGUAAUCUGACGGCUGUCCUUUACGUCCUGGUGAACUGGAGUCUAAACCGAUGUUCCUCUGUAUUAACUUGAGCCUUCUGAGAUCAGCGUUUGCUUGCCUCCUGUGCCUUUUGUAAACUACGAGUGUGACGAUUAACAGUGUAGUACAUUAAUCUACUCUUCAGCGUAGGUUACUAACUGUUACCACUUCUUCUGUGAUUAUUAACCACUUUAAUGGUAUCUGUCUCUGCUUUUGGAUUCCUUUUAAAAAACAUACAUGUGUGUCUAAAAAAAAAAGAAAAAAGUAAGAAAAAUAUAUGUGUUGAACGGUGAUCUUUUAACUUUUAAAGUAUUCUGAGCAGGAAUAACUCUUUGUAAACUAUUAAACUCAUAGUUGUAAAAACUAA